CGCUGAACUUGGACUGGGAUUGUUUUCCAAUCCACCGCACUUGUCACUGAACAAACAAGAGCCCAAACAAAAGCACCACCGAUAGAAACAAAGGCCGAGUUUUUCCACCUUCGGCUUCCAUUGCAUCUCCGGCCAUCUCCAACCACUUUACGCCAUCGAUGAGCAUCCCCCAGCUCCGUCUCUGAUUUUCGUUGCCCUCUGGAUCUCACACCCUCCUUCUCAUAGAUCUCGCAGCUUUGUCCUGAUCACUCUCGCAUCUCAGCAACAGGCAAGUGACAACAAAGAUGGGAGAUAAGAUAUGAACACCUUGGUUAAUUGAAUCUAUAUUCAUCCUCAAAGCUAUUUGAACAUCUUCAACGUAAACACAAUGACCUUCUCUACUUUCAGAUCCCAAACCUAGCCCUACUGAAAUGGUGGGACCAAGGAGACACUUCCUCCCACUCCUCCUCUUUUCUCUCUCCGUCCUCUUCUUCUUCUCCUACUACCACUCCUCUCUUCCCCACUCCCCCCCAAGCCCUAACCCUAAAUUCACUCUCCUUCCCCAAAAUUCUAACUCUAACCCCAAUUUCACCUUCAUCAUCAAGGUCCUUGCCUUCAAUCGGCUUGACUCGGUAGCUCGCUGCCUACGUUCCCUUGCUGCCGCUAACUACCUCACUGACGAGGUCCAUCUCCAUGUCUACGUAGACCAUUUUGCCCUCGGGGAUCCCCCUUCAAACAUUGAUCAAAAGUUGCAGGAGUCGCAUCACAUUUUGGAGUUUGUAGAUGGGUUUGAGUGGAAAUUUGGGAACAAACUCAUCCAUUACCGGACUGCAAAUGUUGGCCUUCAGGCCCAAUGGUUGGAGGCCUGGUGGCCCAGUUCUGACAACGAGUUCGUUUUUGUUGUGGAAGAUGACUUGGAGGUCUCACCGCUGUAUUACAAGUUCCUGAGAAGUCUGGUUGUGAAUUACUAUUACAAUGCCUCUAACUAUCGUCCCUACAUCUACGGGGCAUCACUGCAGCGACCAAGGUUUGUCCCAGGUACCAUCCUAUUUUGGUAAACACACGGGAACAAACUACAAAUGGAUGAUAGAACACGACUCUUCUUGUACCAACUAGUUGGCACUUGGGGUCAGCUUCUCUUUCCUAAACCUUGGAAGGAGUUUAGGAUGUGGUAUGACGAUCACAAGGCAAAAGGCAUUAAGCCAUUUCUUGAUGGCAUGGUGACAACAGGGUGGUAUAAAAAGAUGGGAGAGAAGAUAUGGACACCUUGGUUCAUUAAAUUCAUUCAUACCCGUGGCUAUUUUAAUAUCUACACCAAUUUUUUGCACGAGAGAGCGCUCAGUGUCUCUCACCGGGAUGCUGGUGUUAAUUAUGGGAAAACAGCUGGGCCUGAUUCCCAUGUACUGGAUAAAAGUUAUCUUGAUUCAGAUUUUUGGGAUAUGCAACCAUUGAGUGAUCUUAAGUGGUAUGAUUUUUGUUUCAGAGAAAAAUUUCCUGACAGAGUUGUUGGGAGCCUUGAUGAACUCGGGUCUGUUCUUAAUUCUGUGCAGAAACAUGACACCAUUAUUAUUGUGAGCCUAUUUGGGGUAUCAGAGCUGGCAGUAAGGAACUUGCUCUGCCACUUUGAAAGUCUAAAUAUAUGGAACUAUGUACUUAUUGGCCCUGAAUCUGACUUCGUGUUUGAUCUGGCAAGAAGAGGACAUCCGGUGAUUGGUACAAACCAGUUCCUGAAGAGUGUUGGAGCUUACAAAUUGAUGUCUCUCCAAGAUUCAUAUGUGGAAAUGAUCAAGGUCUAUGUAUUAAAAAAGUGUUUAGAAUCUGGGUACAAUGCCUGGGUGGUGGAUGGGAACAUGCUUCCUCUCAGCAGUGACCUUUUUGUUGAGUCUGAUCCCUCAUACGAUUUCUACGUAGGGAAGAGCUCAGAACUUUUCUUUGCCAGAAGAUCUUUCGCUCAGAAUAUUGGUGGUGAUGAUUUUAUAUCCAAAUUUGCAACAAUGGCGAACUCUUUGCUAGUAAGACAGAGCAUAAGUUUUGGUUAUAUAAUGGCAAAGCUUUUGGAAGAGAAGGGUGUGAAGGUCAAGAGUCUGGACGAGACAAGCCUUGGUCUCAUGAUCGUUAACAGUAAUGUUAAUGAAUCUUUGGGGGAUGGAAAACAGAUGGUCUUUUGGUCUCGUGAUAUGGCUUCAGAUUUAGUUCAGAAGCGGCUUCAAGAAUUCGGUAUUUGGACUGUAGAUGAUGACUUGUCUUGCAAGGCUGUUGUUUGUCACCAGUCAUAGCAUCUGAUACCAGUUGUACACAUUUGAUCUCAUGAUUUCAAUUUUGAUUGUAACCUAUAUGUAGCCAUUUGCUUUUUGAAUUUUGACUUUCGAUUUUUUCCCAGGCAUGAUUUUCAUUUGCCAAGUUAUCGGGAAGAUUGUGGUUUGACAUGCA